AUGAGUACGACAAAGAAUGAUCUGAGGGCAAUGAUGAACAAGGCAAGGGCUGCCUCAUCAGACAAGUCAGCAGCAGCAUCACAGAAGAUCACUUCGCCAUAUGCAAAAUAUAAUACAUCUGGCAAGCUAUCAUGUAUAUUAUGUAGUAUGAACAUCAAUAAUGAAUCAAUGUGGAUGGCUCAUUGUAAUUCAAAGAAGCAUAAGGAUGCACUUCAACAACAUCUUCAGCCAAAUACACAACAACCACACCAGACAACAAACAACCAAGUUAAACGAUCAAUUGAAGAGACGUCAUCGACUCAGGCGCCCUCAAAGAAGACAAAGACCGACACUACAACAACAUCAUCACAAACAUCAUCCUCAAACAACAAGAAGGUGGAAAAGGAUGAGGUGGAUGAGACGAACAACAUACCCAAAGGACUACCAAGCGACUUCUUUAGUUCAUACGAGAGUGAUGGUGAAGACCAUGGAAAGCAAGAUGGAGAUGGUGAUAAACAAGAUGAAGAGGUAGCGCAACAAAAUGAUCAAGUAACCAGCAAACUGCCACAGGGCUUCUUUGAUGAUCCAAACGAAGCCAUCGCUGCAGCCAAUCAUGAAGAUAGUGUACAGAGAGAGGAGGAGUUAAGUGCUGGAAUGAAAGAAUAUGAUGAGGCAAUCAAAGAAGUACAACUUAAUGUCAAUGAUAACAGUACACUAUUACAACUACAACAGCAAAUAGAGGAUAACAAAGAUGAUAAUGAUAAUGAUGCGAACAAAGAAGAAUCACUUAAUGAAGAUGAACUAUGGAAUCAGUUGGAGGAUUUGGAACAAAAGGAUGUGUCGUCAAAGAUGUUGGAGAUCAGACGGCUCAAGUCCAAGAUACAAAAGAUUGCUGCAACAAAGCCCAACAACAAGGCAGUUGUAGGGACGACAACAACAACAACUACAACAACAAAACAAACAGCAACAGUAGUAGCGAGUAACUAUGAAAGUGAUGAUGACGAUGAAGAAGAUGAAGGUGAUGAAGAUAUCGAUAGCCUGUUUCAAUGGGGAUCAAAGAGAUAG